CUCGUACAUAAAGCAGGUUCUGGGGAGCCGGAGAACAGAUUGUGUACCUGACAGCUGUGGUGUGAUAUCUACCAGGCUUCUCACGCAUCUUUGGUCGUUGUCAGUGUGUCCUCAUUUACUUCCCGUUCUUGUACCUGUUUUCGUUCUUGAGGCUUGGCCACGGGCUGUCGACGCCUACCAUAUUUGACCCAUACCUUUCGACACUCUCCUUAAGCACACUUGCGUUACCGACAUGCAUUCUUUCACGGUAUAUGCGCUUGGCGUAGCCGUCGCUGGCCUUGUCGUAUAUGCUGUAUUGGACGCUGUCGCCAAGUACGACAAGCGAUACAAUGUUCAAAACAUGCCUGGACCGCGGCUGGUCCCAUGGAUUGGUCGUAUUCACGACCUUCCCAUCGAGUUUAUGUGGUUGAAGUUCAAGGAGUGGUCUGACAUGUAUGGCCCCAUCUACCGGACGAAGAUGUUGGGCGACAACUUUGUCGUCAUAUCAGACGAAAAGCUUGCCGAGGAAAUGCUGGUGAAGAAAGCCAAGGUGUACUCAGACCGACCUGAGAUCAAGUCGUUGUUUGAUGCGAAGAGCACAUUUGGUUCCAUGGAGUAUUUGCCCCUUAUGGGCAAGAAUCGUACGUUGACCCCUAGCGGGCAAAGGAUAAAUCGGACUGACAAGACAAUAGAGUACUGGGCUCGUCAGCGAAAGUUUACACACUCUUACCUAACCGGCGCAACCAAUGUGCAGUACAAUGGUAUUAUGGAAUUCGAGGCCAAGCGAUGGAUGGCCAGGCUUCUGGAGAACCCCGAUGACUUCUCUGCCUCUCUUGAGGACAUGUGCUCCAAGGUCAUGUGCCAACUGACAUGGGAUGAUGCCUCACUUAGUACCCCUCUUACCCCUAGCGCAUGGGGUCUGCUUACUCAGAUGUCCCCUGCCGGUCCAAUCACCAACGUUCUUACUCCUCUGUGGGACUACUUGCCCGAGCCCAUCAACCCGUGGAAAAUUCGUGAGCGCAAGCGCCAUGACAACCAGCAAGCCUUUUUCAUGGAAUGCCUACAGAACACUAGGAGGAAGAUGGAGAAGGGCCAACAACGAGCCUGCUUCACCAAGAGCUACCUUGAGACUGCCGAGAAGACAAACAUCUCUGGCGAUUAUGAGGCCUCGUGUGUCAUUGGAAUGAUGGCGCUCGUUGGCAUCUUUACUGUUACCGGACCUAUUUACUACUUCUUGAUCAGCAUGGUUCACCACCCAGAGUGGCAAGUCAAGUGCCAGAACGAGAUUGAUCGUGUUUGCGGUGACAAGCCUCCCUCUAUUGCUGACUUACCAAACCUUCCCAUCUUGCGCGCGUGUAUCAAGGAGACAAUGAGGUGGAAGCCCACUGUUCCAACUGGCGUUGCGCAUGAAGCCGAAGCCGACGAUUGGUUCCACGGUUACUUUAUCCCCAAGGGUACGCGCAUCCUCCCUCUUGACUACGCUUUUCUCCGCAACCCCGUCAAGUACCCCGAGCCCGAACAGUUCCGUCCCGAACGAUGGUUGGAGCCUGAGUGGCCUACGUUCCAAGCGCCAUUGACCAAGUACCCUGACAUUGUGGGCAUGACGUCCUUUGGGUGGGGUCAGCGUCAAUGUCUAGGCAUGUCCAUUACUCGGGACGAGACGGUGACAGGUUGCGGAGCGCUCAUGUGGGCCUUCAACCUGAAACGCAAGAUCGACCCUGUCUCCGGCCAAGAGAUCGAGGUACCCCUCAACAAGUCCAACUCGCUUCUUAUCAUCAAGCCAGACCCGUGGGAGAUGGCCUUUGAGCCGAGAAGCGCAGAACGCAAGCAGGAGGUGAUUCAGUUGUGGGCAGAGGCAGAGGCCAAGGACAAGGCGGAACGCGCCGAGUUUGCGCGACAGGCAGAGAUGGAGCAGGUUUUGGAGCAACCUUAGAUAUUGUUUGAUACCCGUAUACUGAAGCUGUUGAAGGGUGCAGCAGUGAGGCGGGGCGUUUGUAAACUAUAGUUUCUUUUGUUUUUUCUUAGUGCAGCGACACAUAUUUCCUUUGUCGGCAUAGUAGGUAGCUAUAAUGCAUCUCUUUGAACCCUUGACUAGAACUGAUGAUGUUGGUUUCUGUGUCUCGAAAUGUGAGCGAGUAGAAAGGGUGGGUGGU